AUGUCUCAAUAUUACGGCGAUUCGCAAUGGCUAGGCGCUGGCGGCGCUGGCGGUCAGCCUGGUUGGGAUCACCAGACUCCUCCGCCUCCGCCUGCGCGUUCAGGCGCCAGCUCUGCCAUCCCACGUGAAGAGCCAACCGCCUUCUCGCAGCAGAUCGAGGAGGUCGACCGCGCCAUAGACAACCUGGUCAAGAGCGGCAAGAUGUUUGGAGGUGCCAAUGGACCGCGUCACGGCAGAGGAGCUUCGGGACCUGGGCCACAGUUUGGCGGUGAUGCGCGCAGCGGCGGUCCGUCCGGCGGCCCCGGCCUGCAGAACUUCUACGCCUCUCAACGACACCAGUCGUCGCGCGGAUCCAACGAGGCGGAGCAGAUGAUGCAGGCAAAGCGAAGAAUGGCAGCCCAGCGUGAGCGAGAGCUUCGCAACUACCAUCAGGAGCAGCAAUACAAUAGAACUGUGCUUGCUGAUAUGAACUACCCUAGCAAGCCUGAGCGCGCCCUUAGCCCUGGAAGCAUGUCGGAGGACGACCGUCGCGACUUGAUCGCGCGUCAGCGAAGUGCUCUCUACGGCGAGAACGGAGGGCUCGCCGACGAGACAGGCUCUGCUCGGCCUGGUGCCUCUGGCCUGUCUACUGGCCCUUCAAGCCACCGCGGCCCCUCUCCUCUGGCCUACGAAUACCCACGAGGCGCUCCUGAGGGCGCUGCUGCAGGUAUCGACCAGGGCUCUCGCAACGCUAGCCCCCAGUCAAACCCUCCCAAUAGCAGAGGUCCCUUUGACGCUGCCGUCCACGCCAGCCGGACCAGCAACUCGUCCCCUGGAGGCUCACCUCCGCGCCAGGGCGCGCCUGGCCAGCCGGGUAGCACCGUAGCUCCUAUCGGCACACGACCUUCCAUCUCUGGUCCGAGCCAAGCAUCCAACCCGGUGCUGAACAAACGGUCCACUACUCCUCUGCCAUCCCCUCUGAGCCACGGCUUCAGUGCUUCCGGCAACAGCGACAGUAUCCAGGCCGUCGCCGGUGGCUCGUCCAACCCUUCCAGUGCUGCACCUGAUGGCUACAAUGGCUGGGGCGGACGCUCCGGAGUUUGGGGAAAGCAGUCUUCCGGAUUGGGAGUUCAAGCCAGUGUCUGGGGUUAG